UCGACCGGCAGACGACCGGGGAACGACGAAUCUGAAGCUCGUAGGCGACGUUGCCACAUUGCUCCGAUGCUAUUCCACGACAAACUCGACAUCAAAUUAAUAAGACUUGUCAGAGAUAACCCUGUCUUAUACGACCAUAACAAUGCUAAAUAUAUGGAUUUUAACAUGAGGGAAGUAACAUGGCAGAAGAUAGGAGACGAACUCAAAAGAUCCGCGGCUGACUGUAAGGUGAGAUGGAUUAACAUACGCGAUGUAUACAGGCGUAUUUUGAGAAAAAACUUGGUACCUGGACAGCGACCGAAAAUGUAUAAAUAUGAAAAUGAAAUAUCGUUCUUACGACCAUUCUAUAAAGACGUGAUAUUACAAAACGAAGAAUUUGAAUCAGAUGAACGGAGCAACGACCACGGGAAUGAAGAUUGUGGCGAUGAAGUCGCCAUCAAUAGUGAUAAUUCAGAUGAACCUAUUAAAAAAUCUAAACUGAAGAGUUAUUACAAAUCCAGUGUGAAGAAAAAGAAGAAGAGGCGAACGUAUGAGGAGGUUAUCGAUCCGAUGAGCACACCAACGCCAAACGACCCCCCGAUACCAUCAGAAUUCGAUUCCACGGAUCCAGUAGACGCGUUUUUAUUAAGCAUUGGUGCAACAUUAAAGACGUUCUCCCCUUAUCAUUUGAAUCUUGCUAAAAGUAAAAUAUUUUCUGUCGUGCAAGAGCACGAUCUACAACAAAUAGUUCAAAAACAACAACACAAUGAAACAACGCCUCAUGAUAUCAAAAUAUCGACAUCAGAAUCGAUUUAUAUGCAAUAAUUGUUGCAAUUAGUUUUGUUUAUUGACCAUGUCUUGUUAUAAUUCCGCAGAUUUGGUCGAUCUUUUGUAGAAUCAUCAGUUCGCUUAAAGAUGUAGGCAAUGUGAAUAUACACAAUAUUAUGAUUGAA